AUGCCAAUGAAUGUGAUGUCGAAAGCUCAAUUUGAGACUCCAAUGGUGCCAUCCCAGCCUUGCGGUUAUGGUGUUUCAGGACUUGGAUACCUGCCAUAUGCAUAUUACCUUCCCCAGCUGUCUACACAGCAACCCCUCCAUCCAUCCCCACAGCAAAUCUCGCAAAGUCCGCGAUACGAUCUUACCCUGGCUAAUCUUCAUUCAGCAUAUGGACAACAUACUCGUCCCUCCCCGCCAAACGUUCCAAUCAGGCUUUUACAAAUGUCAUCGACAAACCAGACUUCUACAAUAUCCGAUGUCACAGUCUCUGAUACUAUACUCUACACUUCGGAGCAAGUACCUGUAAUCACUUACAAUCAAGAGUCGGAAACAUCUCCCGAUGUCUUGGUUGAUAUCUGGUUAGGAGCACCCGAGGAAGACGAUGCAAAAGCAAACGCAGGCUUCGAGAGCGAUGCGUCAUCGGAAUCAGAACUAAUGACUCCUGAAUAUGGCUCGCCACCACCAACACCUACAGAUUUUCUUGGUGAACCAGAGGAAUUAUUCAGUCUUGGUCUCUCAGAAGAGUGCGAGCAGAAAAAACCCAUCACAAAAAAGUCGAAAAAGUCUAUCCGAUACAUCCAGUGCCCCGUCUCUGCCCCAUCCCCUGCCCCUACGCUUCCCUCAAGUCCAAAAGAGGCGAACAGCGACCAACAGUCUGUCUUGGAUCAUCAAGAAGCCUUGUGCGCUGUAUCGGCUGGUUUGUCUGCCACCGAAGAUUUAUCCGAUGCCACUGGUGCUGAAAGACAGCUGGUGAAAACCAUUCGCCUAGAUAAAUUGACAAUCAGAACUGACCUUGAGACUCCUGUAACCCCGUUGACAACACCCGACCUUGUAAGCGAGUUUGGUCGAAAGCGUCGCUCUUUGGAUCUAUCGGACGACGAGAAUUCAACAGAUUCCGUCAAUUCCGAGAGCAAACGACGUUGCGCAAGACCAACAAACGGUAUGACUGCGCAAGACCACAAACGUGUUCGCGAAGAAGACAAUGAUGAAACCGCAUCUGUUUCCAAGCGAAGAAAGGACGAAAUAGAUGAUAGUACGUCCGAGACCGCCUCGGAAGAUAGCAGCGAUUCCGAAUAUCGACCAAAUAGCAACAACGGUGGUCGUAAAACAUUCAACAGCCGCAAGAUCGGUUCCUUGUCACAAAGAGGUCGUGGAACGCUUGGAAAGAAAAAGCCAAGUAAAGGCAAAACCACAAAGGGAAAUACUGGAGGAACUGUAAAGAGUCGUCAAUCUGGAAAGCCUACAAGUCCAAAGAAAUCGAGCAAACCUACCACACCGACGCCAAUGAUUGUAAGUCCUGCACCAAGCGAAACUCUUACUCCAACUAAUCCCAUUGAUGAAUGGGAAGGCGUUCCACUCGCUGACCCUCGUCCGACGCAGACUCCAACGAUUUUCCAACAGUUGACUCAAAGUGGGAUCGAUUGGUGUCGUUACUGUGGGACCACCGAGGGUGUUAAUUGGAGACCGGGUCCAUGGGGAAAGAGGACUUUGUGCAAUAAACACGGUUGUGAUUAUAAAGGAUAUGGGUUUGCUUGCAAGUUGCCUCGUCUCGACUUGACUGCGUUCAUGAAUGAAACUGUCGAGGAUAGGGACCGUCCAGUCUUACAGCUUUACUGUACUGUUUGUCACAAGCAAGAAUCGUAUUUCGGUAACGUCCUCGUUCGUUGCGAAGGAUGCCCUCAUGCAUACCAUCAAUCGUGUUAUCCAAAUUGCAUCAGUGAUGAUAUUGUUAAUGGGACUCAAGCAUGGUAUUGCGAACGAGCAUGCCAUGAUAACUUGAGACGAAAGAAAAUUGUUGUUGAACUGCCACGCAAGCGCCUUCCAUUGAUGUCGACUCCGAAACCACAAACUUCAGCUUCGAACGCAGAUAAUAACCAAAACUUUAAUCAGAACAAUAGUACAAACACUGCUGCGACGGCAUCAGGGGUUCUAGCACGUCCUCGCUCAUCGCGUAACUCGAGCAGAACCUAA